AUGCGGCUCAGAUUAGCAAACCCGAUAGCGACGGCCGUUUGGUCAACAACGACAAGGAGAGCAUAUGCGACAUCAAGCUCGCGAGUUUCCUUAGCAUAUGAUCUCCACGAACCCGCGAAGCCCUCAUCCGAUGCUCCAGCAGCCAUUGUAUUCAUGCAUGGUCUUUUCGGCUCGAAGAAGAACAACAGGAGCAUCAGUAAAGCGCUCGCGAGGGAUCUAGGAAGACCUGUUUAUGCAGUUGAUCUACGAAACCAUGGCGACUCUCCACACCACCAUCGACAUGACUAUACCGCCAUGGCAGACGAUGUAGCGGGUUUCAUAGACGAGCACAAGCUUCACAACACAACCCUGAUUGGGCACUCUAUGGGUGCAAAGACCGCCAUGACACUCGCUCUCCAGUCGCCAGACCUGAUAGACAAUAUCGUGUCGGUGGAUAACGCGCCUAUAGAUGCGGCUUUGCUGAGUAGCUUUGGGAAAUAUGUGCAAGGAAUGAAGAGGAUUGAGGAAGCGGGAGUUACGAAACAGGCGGAAGCUGAUGCUAUAUUGAAGGACUAUGAGGAGUCCCUUCCCGUCCGUCAAUUUCUGCUUGGAAAUCUACACCGGCCCGCGGGCGAGAAGACACAGAAGUUCAAGGUUCCUCUACGGAUUCUAGGAGCCGCACUUGAUAAUCUAGGAGAUUUUCCCUUCAAAGACCCAGGAGAAGUACGGUUCGCGAAACCUACGCUGUUUGUGCGAGGGACACAGAGCAAAUACAUCCCGGAUGAGGCGUUACCCAUAAUAGGACAAUUCUUUCCUCGAUUUGAGUUGGCAGAUAUAGAUGCGGGACACUGGGUGACCUCGGAAAAGCCAGAGGAGUUUAGACAAGCUGUUGUAGAGUUCUUGAAACCAAAACUGUAG